AUGUUGCUCAAUACGAACUCGAAGAAGCACAAGGUGACCGUUAUCGGCUCUGGUAACUGGGGAACCGCUAUCUCGAAAAUCGUCGCCGAAAACGCCGCGGAGCACAGUGACAUCUUCCACGAGACAGUCGAGAUGUGGGUGUUUGAAGAGAAGGUGACAGUGCCAGAAAGCAGCACGCAUUUCAAAACUAGCAACCCUCUUUGUCAGGGCCCUCAGAAUUUGACGGAAGUGAUCAACGGAUUCCACGAGAAUGUCAAAUAUCUUCCCGACGUCCCUCUCCCGACGAACCUCCAUGCCAACCCUUCGUUAGAAGAUGCGGUCAGAGAUUCUACAAUCCUGGUUUUCAACGUGCCACAUCAAUUUAUCAUCCGAAUUUGCGAUCAGCUCCAGGGCAAGAUUCUGCCUUAUGCUCGUGGUAUCUCUUGCAUCAAGGGUGUGGAUGUAACGGAAGAGGGAGUUAGCCUCUUCUCGGAAACAAUUGGCAAGAAGCUUGGAAUCUACUGCGGCGCUCUUUCGGGUGCCAAUAUUGCAAACGAAGUCGCCAAGGAGCUCUGGUGCGAAACUACAAUUGGUUAUGAUCCUCCUCACCUUGACUCCAAAGCACCUACUCCUACUGGAGGCUCGCCCUCUCAAUCUCACGUGGACCUUGUUUCCUUUGAACACAAGGACUCCUCAGGACAGUACUCUAAAGUGAAGCUUCGGCCUCUGCCUAACGACUACCCACCGAUUGACCACGGUCUCUUUAAGACAUUGUUCCACCGCCCUUACUUCCACGUACGUGUUGUCAACGAUGUUGCCGGCGUCGCGCUUGGGGGUGCGCUUAAGAACAUCAUUGCGGUUGCCGCCGGUUUUGUCGAUGGACUGGGCUGGGGUGACAACGCCAAGGCUGCAGUCAUGCGCGUUGGCUUGUUGGAGAUGGUGAAGUUUGGAUCUCAAUUCUUUGCCAACUCCAUUGACCCGAAAACAUUCACCGAGGAAAGUGCCGGUGUUGCGGAUCUCAUCACUAGUUGUAGCGGUGGGCGCAAUUUCCGUUGCGCGAAACUGAGUGUCCAGCGCGGCGCUCCCAUCGAGGAGAUUGAGCAGCAAGAGCUCAACGGCCAAAAACUUCAGGGCACGUUGACUGCUGUUGAGGUCAACAAGUUUUUGAAAAAUCAAAAAGUGGAAAAGGACUAUCCUCUAUUCACUGCAGUUUACCGCAUUCUACAAGGCGAAAUGAAGGUUCAGGACCUUCCUUCGUUCAUUGAGCCUAAGCUUUAA